ACCUUCUCCCUCCGUCUCUUGACUCUCUUCUCCCUCCCCUUCUCUGCCUCAGUCACAAUCUCUGUAUUCAAGAAAAAGGAAAGAUGGGAUUGCAGAGCCAGCUAAACGACGUUUCUUCGGACUCUAUUCCACUCCUCCUUGUAGCCCUCAUCGCCAACUGCGUCUGCAGCCUCCGCAACUUCCUCUUCGGCCUCCUCCAGUCCGCUCGCCUCCUCCCAAGCCCAGACCAGACUAUCGGCGACGAGGGCCUCAUCGGCUCCGGCCUGGCCAGCCUCAUAGUUCUCUCCGAGCAGCUCAACCUCAACAGGGUUUUCUCCUAUAGGUACUGUUGCGAUGUCAAUAGAAGCGAAGGAGGGUCCGAUUGUGUGGUGUGCUUGUGCACGCUAAGGGAUGGGGAUCGGGUCAGGAAGCUGGAUUGCCGCCAUGUAUUCCACAAGGACUGCUUCGACGGUUGGCUUGAUCACCUCAAGUUCAAUUGUCCCCUCUGCAGGUCGCCCUUGAUCGCCGAUGAGCGCGUGGACGCGGCGCAGAGGCGCGUGGGUGAGGAUUUAAUUGGGUGGUUCUCUUAAAGCAUAUUGAUUACGCGAUGAUGGACGUUGAUUACGCGAUGAUGCUGUCCCUGAUUACGGUGGCGGGUUUCGAACUCAGUCCGGAGAGGAGGGAAUGCACCGGGGUGGCUAUUGCCACUAGACUGUAAGGGACAAAUGCAUUGUUAGGUUUUAACUUUUUAAAAUUAAGUAUCGAAUAUAUUAUUUAAGGAUUUGAAUUAUUAUAGUAGUAUAUCCAUAUAUGAUAAUUUUUUUUUAUGAACUUCUGUACCAUAUGAUAAUUGGUUAAUUAAUAUAAAAAAAUAAGCGGUUGCCGCAUUU